AUGGCGUCAAACAAGAGGAAGCAAGAUGAAAGACAUCUCAAAAUGCUACGGGAAAUGGUGGGGUUACCAAAUAAUAAACAGUGCUUCGAUUGCCACCAGAGAGGCCCUACGUACAUCAACAUGACGAUAGGCUCGUACGUGUGCACCUCGUGCAGCGGCAUAUUGCGAGGUUUGAACCCACCUCACAGAGUGAAGUCUAUAUCAAUGGCUAGCUUUAACCAAGAAGAAAUGGAUUUUAUGAAGACACAUGGCAAUGAUUUCUGUAGGAAGGUGUGGUUAGGAUUAUAUGACUCGCGUUCAAUGCCAGAGCCGGACUCCAGAGAGGAACAGCGUGUCAAAGACUUCAUGGUACAGAAGUAUGAGAAGAAGCGAUGGUACGUGGCCCCAACAGAAACCAUGAAGGAAGAGGCCCGUCACCAGAAUGAACUAGCUCUGUCAAAUCUGAACACCAAGUCAACACGGCCCAUCAAGUCUAUGUUGGGAGAGGGCGCCACGAAACUACCCCUUCACACAAACCAGUCUAAUGCUGUGCCACCCCCUGGCUCUGCGUUGUCCAGUCGUCCAACCCAUCCUCCACCAGUGACGGCCCCAGUACAAUCUCCUGCACAACCAACUCCACAAGCCCAACCCGCCCCUGCCCAGCCCAAACCCUCAGCCACCAUGGACCUGCUGGGAGACCUUGGCGGAGACCCCUUUGCAGGCAGCACUGCACCGACCACGGCGCCGCCUCAACAGAACACCAACCCCAUGGCAGGUGGUGGAUUUGCCGAUUUUGCCAAUUUCAACACCCAGCUUAACUCCACUCCAGCAUUCUCAACAGCCAGUACGGGCCCUCCAUUACAGCCAAUGGGCUCCAGCAACGCCUCAGUGCCAGCACCUGCUGGCCAACCAGCGACAGCAGGGUUUCCCGCUUUCAGCACAGCCACUUCGCAGCCAGCCACUGCACCCCUCAGUGGCAGCGACCGGUACGCGGCUUUAGCUGAUGUUUUCAGCUCCUCGCCUAGCGGAGGCUCCCCACAAACGGCAGGCGGAGUACCAGGACAAGCCGUGGACUGGUCCGGGAACUCGUCGAUGAGUUGGGGCGCACCGUCUGCCAGCAGUGGCACGGUAAACUGGGACAAUCCCGGCACCACGGCAUCCAGCACUAGCUGGGGGUCCUCUGCUAGCCAGAGUGCAACCACAGCAGGGGGUGCCUUUGCUAACUCCUCCACCACAGACCAGGAAGAUUUUAUUAUAUUCGGCUCUUCUACCAACCCAUUUCUCAACCCCAGUCCUAAUGCAUCAAACCCGUUCGGAGCACGGCCAGGUGCGAUGCCCCAACAGUCCACGCAGGUUGGGGGCAGUCUGUUUGGGGGAACUGCUGGUGCGGGUGCUGGUGGCUUCGGUCAGUUUGGUCAGGGUGCUCCUGGUGCCCCUCAGUCUGGGGGGUUUGCUCAGUUUGGCAUGGCCUCACAGCCUCCAGGUGGCGCUCCCCAAGGUGGGUUUGGCGGGAUGCAGAAUGGAGGAUUUGGGAUGAUGCCUCCAGCCAGCACAGCCCCAGGAGGGUUUGGAUUCCAGCAGGGGGCGUCGGCAAAUGUGGGCGGGGCUCAAUUUGGAAAACCAGCCCCUGCGGUUGGAGGUUUUGGUGGAGCACCUCAGCCGUUUGGAGGUGCAGGAGCAGGGUGGGGAGCUCCCCCUCCUAGCACGGCCAGUAACCCAUUUCUGUCUGCAGCCACACAGCCUGUACCUCCCAGGAGUAAUGCUACAAACCCAUUCUUGUGAUGUGGAGCCCGGGGGGCAGAAAUCUAGAACUGUGUACAGUAUACAGGAUUGCGAACAGUCACAGAGACAGGGAUACUGAGACACACAGUCACACAAGUGGACAGAGACACGCCCCACCCUUGGGUUUACAUAAUUCAUCUCCUGAUUCAUGUGUGUGGCCGACCAGGAUGUUGUGAUGACCUGUAUGACAGAGUGAUGAGAAGUAUUUGGGGGACUUGAGCCUUGUGAUGUGUGUAUUUUGGGGAUGUGAGUCUGGUUAUGAUGUGUGUAAUUCGGGAUGUCAGCCUCAUGAUGAGUGAAUUUUUUAUGAUGCGAGCCUCAUGAUAUUUGUAUUUUGGAGAUACAAGCCUUGUGUAGUCACCGGAGACUUCCAGGUCGUUAGUUAGCAGGUGUCCCGUCAUCCCUUGUGUGACUGGAGAAGGUGAAAGUCAACUUGUACGUGUUCCAGUGUACAAAAUCCUGUUGACAAUCUGGUGGACAUCCUGGUGACAAUCUGGUGGACAUCUUUAUGGCUAGCUUUGCCAUAGACCCAUAUGUUUUUUCUUUAAGUUUUUUUUUUCUUUGCCUCAAAAUUCCAACAUUUUUUUUUUUUUUCUUGGGUGAUAUUUUUAAUGGUGUGGAAAAGCUAAAUGUAACGAAGGAAAAAAAAAUGAAGAAGAAACUCUAUGAAGAGGGUAAAUUAAUAUCUAAUUGCCUCAGUGAUGAAGAUGUAUCACUAUGUAUGAACAAAGUUGGGACAAGCUCUGCAGAGUGCUCUAGAUGGUAAAAUGACAUAUCUGUAGCUAUUCUUCAUAUUGUCAUGAUUGUGUUACAAACAUGAAGUAUCCCGGAAUAAAACCUUAUUAUACAUUUUUAAGGAAACAUUGCCCUAGAACCAAUAGCAGGAGCCAACCUGGGUACAACUCUAUUCUUGAUCUGCCUGAAAUGAAGUAUUUAUGAGUAGAAUGCACAAGUAAAUAUUAAGGCCUCUAGAAAGAAUGGCUACUGGCCAACAUAUGUAUGUACUGUUACUUUCUUUCUGUGGUAAGAGUAGUGUCCCUUGGCUUUCAGAUUGUAAGCAUGUAACUAUGGCCUGUUGACUGUCAGUGUACCACACCACGCUAAAAUCUUUUUAUUUGAGACAAUAUUAUGAUCUAAUCCUGAAAGCUUCCACUGCUUCCAAGUUUGUAGCACUUUUUCCUUCUUGGGAAUGUCUUCAGGUCUGGUUGAAUCUUUUUUUGAAAGCAAAAACUAUGAGCACUGUGAUGUACUCAUGGCAGUAUGACUUCCCAAGCCCAGGUCUUGUGUGUGGUAGCCUGUAUAAUGUCCGUCAUUGCCAUAUACUUGGACAGUUGCUCAAAGGUGGUAAUUACAAUUAAAACUCCGAAUGAAAGGCUGAUUUGAGAUGAACUUGUAGAUAGUACGUAAGAUAAUCUGUGUCUUAAAUGAACUUUGGAUGUUGACACAGUCUUGACUGUCACCCAUUAGUUUGAUCACCUGUUUAAUGGAACUGUUAAGUGUAUUUCAUAGCUGUAAGUACACUUAUGAUUAGCCGUAUGUACACGUAAAUAUGAUCAGCUCGUAAUGCAGUUUUGAUCAACUGUCAAUAAAACUUAUAAUCAAGCUGUUAGCACGCUAGUUGAUGAUACCCUUGUAGCCAAUCUUUUAGCACACUUAUCAUCAGUAGGUACAUUUAGCAGUUUAUAUAAUCUGCCAUUAGUACACUUCUGAUCAACUGUACACAACAACACACUUAUUGUAAACUAUCAGGUGUUUUUGAUCAUGUACAUGUAUGUACCCUGCAAACUGCUGUCCAGGACUGGGGGGAAAUUUUGCACCGUUUUAUCAGCAAUCACUCAAUCUCUGAGAGUUCCUUCCCUACCCUCUUUCCAUCAGGUGUGUACAAUGUACAUGUAACACUGGGUGUUGGUAUUC